AACCAGCUUCACAAUUCAUUCUGCAAGUGUGAGCCACAGAGAACGGACGCGCGUACGGAACACACAAAUAUUUUCGAUUUUUCGAUCUCAUUCUCAAUACGAAGUUCUGCUAAUAAAAUAACUUGUCGUGCUAAUAAACAGCAGCAGCAGCAAUAACGACAACAACCACCUCAUAAAGUUAAAACAACAAAUAAACAAAUAUUUUAAUUAAUUUAAAAGUUAGAGAUGACGAUAUUGGUGCCAUUGAUAUUAGCGUUGUUGUUGUUGUUCAACAACAUCGACAGCGGCUUUUCCCAGGGCUAUGGCCGCAAACCGAGGCCGUCGCGGCAGGAUAAAAAUCUACAGGUUCCCUAUGUUUGGAACAUAUUGGAAUACAGUUUCCCCAGCGAUUCGGAUCGAAGGGCGGCCAUUGCAAAUGAUAACUAUGUCCAGAAUAAUGGUCUUCCCAUCGAUGUCCAGCCGCAUUAUUUGAAAAAUAAACCCGUAAGAACAUUUGUGACCAUACCCAGAUUCCAAACGGGCAUCCCCUAUACCUUGGCAACCAUAUCGGAUAAAAUGGGUCCCAAUGGCCCCAUAAUAAAUCCAUAUCCUUCGUACAGGGCCCACAAUGUCAAUGGUGAUGAUUGCGAUCAAAUAACAUCGGCUUUCAGAGUGGCGAUAACCGAAUGCAAUCAAAUGUGGGUCAUGGACUCGGGAUCGGUGGGUUUGGAAACACGUUGUGCACCCCAACUGUUACUUUUCGAUUUGAAUACCGAUCAGCUGAUACAUCGCUACCGUUUCAAUACAACAGUUUAUACGCCAUCCGCUUCGCUGCUCGUCACACCCAUUGUUGUGGUUAAAGAUCCACCACCCAGGGGUAAUUGUCGACGGGCCAUGGUCUAUGUAGCCGAUGUCAACUAUCACGGUUUAAUUAUUUACGAUCACAUGGCGAAUAGCUCUUGGCGUUCUGAACAUAAAUAUAUGUAUCCCGAUCCGGAUUAUGGUACCCACACAGUGGCCGGUGAAUCGUUUACCCUCAUGGAUGGCAUCAUUGGCAUGACAACGGACAGAAGAAAUCUUUUCUUCCACCCGAUGGCCAGUAUUACGGAAUUUUCGGUGCCCUUACAUGUUCUGGACAAUUCAUCACAUUUCCUGCAUGGCACGGGUGCGCUAGAAUCUUUUAUGCCAUUGGGUAAGCGUGCCAGUGAAUGUGUGGCCACAGCCACCGACAGUUGGGACAACGUCUACUGUGUAACCAUGAAUCCCAUUGAGCUGAUCUCAUGGAAUGUCAGCACACGCUAUCACAAUAAGAACUUCAAGAAAUUCCCCAUCGAUCAGGAUAUUCUGGAAUUUGUCAGUGGCAUGAAAGUGGUGACCAACAAUGAGGGCAAGGAGGAACUUUGGAUGAUAUCCAAUCGAUUCCAGAAAGUGGCAGCGGAAACUCAGAAAACCAACGAAGUGAACUUCCGGAUAUUAGUUUAUACCUUGGGCACGGCGCGCAUGAAUCCCAAUUCGAAUCCCAAUGACUUGCACACUAGACUAGUUUUUAGCAAUUAAACAAUGGAACCCCAAACAAAAUUGUACAAAUUACUGCAUUAUUUUUAGUUCUACUAAAUUAUUCAUUUAUUCGAAUAAAAUCAAUAUUUUCAUAAAGAAAAUAA